AUGAAGGCGGAGUGGGGGGGCGGUGUGCCCCUGUACGUCCCUGCGGGCGCUGGAUUCCUCUGGAAAGAGGGUGCGCAGGAGGCGGUCGCACCUCAUGACCAUUUCACGUUCGUCCAAUACACCGCACGGGGCCCUGAGAAUAUCUCGCGCUUCUUGGAUAAAGCGCGGCUACUCAGCGAGGAGAUGGAGUCGAUCGAUCCCGUCCUGGCAUGCUGGUUCUUUGUGCCAAACAAUCCUGGCGAACAAGUCCGAAUUACUCUCUUCGUCCGAUCGCGGAGUGCCAGCCAGUAUGGAGACGUCAUUCGAGACAGGAUUCAGCUGUUUGAGUAA